AUGUUGAACUCUCAUCAGCAACAUCCCGGUUAUGGAUUCCUCUCCGGUAUGGAUCUGCACACGGUCCACCACGUGGGCCAGGACAUGAACGUGGCCAAUCAACCGUUAGCAGCGUCCCAGGAGCAACACAUCAAGCGGCCGAUGAACGCGUUUAUGGUGUGGUCGAGGAUACAGCGGAAGAAGAUAGCCCUGGAAAAUCCUAAAAUGCACAACUCCGAGAUAUCGAAGCGGCUGGGCGCCGAGUGGAAGCUUUUGUCCGACACGGAGAAGAGACCGUUCAUCGACGAGGCGAAACGUCUCCGCGCGAUGCACAUGAAGGAGCACCCGGACUACAAGUACCGUCCACGAAGGAAGCCGAAGGUGCCCGUUUCGGUGGUUCCAGGAGCGAAGACCACUUCCAUGAGCCCGGCUGGCUUCCCCAGUUUCCCUCUGCCGCCAUAUUUCGCCGCACCUGCCGCCCCGGUGUCUCAUCAUCAUCAUCACCCUCACCCCCUCGAUUAUCCACCUCUGCCGUCGUACUUUGGCUCCGCCUUCGAUGCCGUCCACCUGAGCAAGCUGGUGGCUGGUGGCGGUGGAACGGGGUCCUCCGCGUCGGGCAGCGCGGCCGCCGCGGCGGCAGCGGACGCGGCCAACAACAACGCCGCUUCCGCCGCUGCCGUCGUGAACAGCUUCUACUCGGGCUUCUACUCGACGCCGACCACACCAGGCAAAGCGUACCCGUCAACGGCCUCCCAUCUCGGCCCGCUCUUCCCCCCUGGACACCACACCAUGGCCGCCAACGCGCCUCAUCCACCCCUCAUGUUCUCGUCGUCGACGACCGGGUCGGGCAGCGGCGUGACGACCACCAGCAGCCCGGCAAGCAGCCCGAGAUCCACUCCAUCGUCCCAACAAGUAUCCACGGCAACGUCAUCGACCACGCUGGAUCUCGAGCAACUGCGUCGGCCAGUCUCCGUAAUAUUCUAG